UUGAGAAGUCAGAGUCUGAAGAUAUCCAAGCUUUUGCUGAAAGAGAAAUUCGAGUCCUCAAUUGGCAGCUUACAGUUGAGAGCCCUGAUGAAAUUUGUUUAGCAACGGAAUGUUUGAUUCUAAUCUUCAAGGCUCUGCAGCUCACUAUGAAGAACUGACAUCCAUCCAAAGAAAAUUAUUUUACUUGCAUCCUUAUUUCAAAAUACCUCUGACAACUUUUAGAGGUUGUGAGAUUUUUGUCACUUAUUUUUGUCAAAUAUUUAAUUCAGGACCAAAGAUUUUGAGCGAAAUAACCAUUUGGCAGGAGGUGAUUGAGCUUUGUCUGGAAAUGAUGGUCAACCAUGUAAAAUAUGCUAUAGAGAAAGAAGAUAAUGAAGAUAUAAUGAAACAUUGCGUGGCAGUGUGUUUUCAGUACUUCCCCACAUGCAUGCGCUACCGGUGCACCUCAAAUCCAUCUGUCUUUUUUGUGUCCUCUUUCACCUCUAGUUUCCGCAUCAUGAAACUGCUCUCGGAAAAGAAAUUGCUCGAAGAACUAGUUGACCAAGAGGCAAGAAACAAUAUGGAUCUGUCUCUCCUUCACUUCAUCAAAGAACACAUGGUAGCCUUCCAAGAUGACACCACAACAAAUAUGAUGGCAGUGUUGUGGGCAGAGUUUUCAGAGUGUCUUCUGAUUCCUGGAUUAGUAUCCUCUCGGAUGCUCUUCGGCCUGCUAGAUUUUUCAGUUACUAAUAAAAAUCCAGCAUUCCAACAGGCUUUAUUAUCAACCCUAGCGAUUCUUUUUAACCAAAAAGAGAAACCUGAAAUUUUCUUUGAAUGUUUGUUGCGAUUCUUACUCACGAUCUUUGAACGUUUAACUUCUUUGAAGCUCCUGGAUAAUGCGAAGGCCGUGUUUGCUGAAUUAGCAAAGAAAGUAGCGAAAGAUGACAUCCAGAUCAGCCGUGGAUUCUACUAUUUCCAUAUCGAUGCUGUGGACAGGAUUAUCAACGGUAAUAUACCGCCUGAAUUCUUGCGAUGCUUGAAAAUAACUCUUUGUUUCUUGGAUUUUAAAGCCUCCGAUGAUCUGAGAAGAUAUCUUCUUGAGCAUGUCGAUCAAGGUACAUUAAGAAAGUUUCACUUCAAAGUUUACUUAUCUCAGUUACAGCGAAACACGCUCUUAUGAACGUACAUCCAUCCUUCUUUGUUGCUAAAUGCUAAACUUAAUGUAUAUUGAAAAUUAAGAUUGUAUAUUAUCUAUUUUAUUACUAACAGUUGAUGUCACCAUUUUAGUUACAAAAAUAGAGAAAACGCCCAAGUUUACCUUCAGUUUAUUUUUAUUGUACUGUCAACAAGGUAUCUGCAAGAAAUCAAUGUCCCAAAAUAAUAUAUCGGAGUACUUUCUAGGUACUGCUGUCAUUAAGUAUGGCUGCCGUUUUUGUCAUGAAUACCUUUGUAUUUCAGAGAAUAAGGAGACAAUUUCUGAAAAGAAUUUUACCAUCUCAUGAAAAUUUUAUUUUAUUUCGUAUUUUUUUGCCAUUUUGAGACAGGAUCUCUGGCUUCCCAUACAAAUUACUCUUGUUUCUGUUGUGCUGGAGUUAAUACAUGCGUUUCAUGUUAUUUUUAAGCUCUUAACCUUUCAUAUGUAAAUCUUAAAUCGUUGAAUGUCCCUAUUCUUUAAGAAUAAUGCAAAUAUGUCUGAAAAAUUCUGAUAGUAAUUUUAUUGUCUCAUGCAUAUUUCAUUUGACCGUUGUUCGUUUUAUUUCAGUCUCAUUUCAUUUGUUAAUUUUUUUUUGGAAUAGUGGGACAGUUUCUCUUAUAAACUACCCUGUCCCUUGUGAUAUUGAGACAGGUACAGGUUUUCUAACUUCCCUUGUAAUCAUGUCAACCCAUAUAAGUGGAAUUUUUUUUUCGUGCCUCAGAGCCUCCAUAAAUCUUGAAUCUUUAUUCCAUCUUUUAUUCUUGCAUACCUUUUUCACAUUAUUUUACUUGAUUUUCAUUCACUCUUUGAAGAUAGUUUUUCUGCCUUGUCUUGGUAAUAAAUGUCUUUCCAUAAAUAUUGAAAUUUCCACCUGUUAUUUUCAAUAAAUUAGUCUUCAAUCACA